AUGAACAACACUCAGACCCAGGCAUCAAGUGCAUGGGCUCCUCCACCGUAUUCGUCACAUCUUCCCGCACAAUCCACCACCUCGACGGGCAGUGAUACCCCGUAUUCAUUUCUGCGGGAGUUUGAUACCAUUUUCAUCGUGGAUGAUAGUUCGAGCAUGUUGUGGAAUGGUCGCUGGAAGGAGGCGGAAGAUGCGAUUGCCGCUAUCGCGCCAAUUUGCACGCAGUAUGACCAGGAUGGUAUCGAUAUCUACUUUUUGAACCAUCGUCGGGAUGGAGGGCGCAGGAAUAAAGGGGGUUACAUGAAUAUUACGACGGCGGAUGAUGUUCGCGAGAUCUUUGGUAGUGUGCAUCCGCAGGGCGCUACCCCCUUUGGACGACGCCUUUACGAUAUUCUUGAUCCGUAUAUGCGGGAGCUGGAAAAAGUGAUUAAGAAGAGUGAUGGGUCGUGUGAUUCGGCGCAGCUGAUGAAACCGCUCAACAUCAUUGCUAUUACGGAUGGCGCGUUUACGGACGAUGCCGAGAGUAUCAUCGCUGAUGUCGCGGGGAAACUGGAUAGCGACAAAUACCAGGCCGUGCCCUGGCAGGUGGGGGUCCAGUUUUUCCAGGUCGGAAAUGAUGCCGCCGCCACGGCCUAUUUACAGGAGUUGGAUGAUAACCUGGGGGAGAUGCAGAAGAAAGGCCGUAUCCGGGACAUUGUGGAUACUGUGCCGUGGAGGGGUGAUCGGGGGCAGACACUGAGCGCGGAUGGCAUUCUGAAAUGCGUCCUUGGCGCGGUGAACAGAAAGUAUGAUAAAAGGAACGCGUUUCAGUGA